AUGGCACAAACUAAUUUCAUUGAAAGAUUCAAGAAUAAAGUGUCGACUAUAGGCAAGUCUGGCGAAAUUGAGAUUGACCCCGCAAAACCUAUCCUCAAAGCAAACAGCGCACAAUUCCAUAAGUCAAUUAUGCAGUUAUCUGCAUCAAAUAUAAUCCGAAACAACCUUCAAUCUCCAAAGCCAGAUACUUUUGUCUCAGCAAGGCCAAUAAAAGUCGCAGCCAAAGAUGACAGUCCUACAUCUCCUAAAACAGUCACUGCAACUUUUUCCGCUCCAUUGCAGCCAGAAGUUAUAAAUGGAGCAACACCUAAUAUUUCACAAUCAAGGAACCCAGACCAAAAUCAAAGGCGAAAUUAUAGUCACUCGGCAACUCCAUUUAGAAAGCCACAAGUAGAUGAUGUACCGAAAACCAGUGAUGGGAUUACACAGUCUUUUGAAUCAAGAUAUGCAAAAAAGCAAGGAGUUAUUGAUUUCUCGCCAUAUACACUAACUGAUUAUCAUAUGAUAAAAAACGAUAAGUAUUAUGAGCUGGGAGGGCUUGGGGCUGUAAAUAUAGGAACUGAGGAGUGAAUCAAAAGAAAAGAAAUGCAGGAUAGGAGGGUGGAUUAUGCUAAACAAGUAAAAUAUAUAAAUGCUGCUAGUUUACCGCCAUCUGGAGCUAAGAAGACACCAAAAAUCACAGAAAAGGUGCCGAGCAAGAUGCAAAGAGCAAAUGAGUUUGCAAAAAAUAUUCCGAAACCGCAAUUAAAAAUAAGAAAUGAUUCGAUAGAAGGAAAGGAAAAUCCAAGCGAAAAGGAUUUUAGCCCAUUAGAGUAUCAGCUUGAUAAGCAUGAUAGUUAUAGAACUAUUAUUGAUGAAAUCAAAGCAAAUAUUGAGUAUGCCACCUGAUUUAAGAUUGCCAUUUUUUAUUUAAGAACAUUUUAUAGAUCAAAUUAAGCCAAAAUUCAAUAA